AUAUGACCCAGCGGUGUACGCGACAAUAUGGGGGUUCUGGAGGAACCCCAGCAAGAUUUGGUUGUUGCUACAUGAGUUUUUAAACGAGAACGAACCCGUGCCUAAUAGGGCUCAUUUGGCCUUAGCGCGUUUGGAGGCUCUAGGCAUCGUGCGGGCGGUAGUGACCCAGAACGUGGAUAAUCUGCAUCAAGAUGCAGGCAGCAUACGCGUUAUCGAAUACCACGGCAACCUCAUGAAUGCCUCGUGUUAUCGCUGCGGCGCAAAGAUGCAGCUGACGAAGCAGAUGGCGAGGAAUCCUUCAUUUAAGAAGAAGCUACCUCCAAAGUGUGGGUGCGGGGGGUACUUCAAGCCAGAUGCCGUUCUGUUUGGAGAAGGCAUUCCAUCUCAGGCCGUGAGCGAGGCGAACAAAGAAGCAGAUGCAUGCGACUUGAUGUUGGUUGUGGGUACAUCAGCAACAGUUCAUCCAGCGUCCGACAUUCCUUAUAGAGCCAUGAGGAAAGGCGCAAAGGUUAUCGAAGUUAAUUUAGAGGAGACAGGCUUGACGAAUCGUAUAUCUGACAUGAUAUACAUUGGCAGGGCGAGCGAUCUGAUGCAGACGCUACAGCUGCUAGAGCCGCACCCAUCUGAAUCAGCAAGCGGAGAGGAUUCUGCUGCUGAAGUGCUCACGGAGCCCAACGUUCAGGCAGGGGCUCAAGAACCCCCCGCAAGGGGAAGCAGCGAUGGACCGAUUUCGACUUGA